UUUACGCGUCUUUGCAAAAGCUGGUUGCGCAUGCGCUGCUGGGGUCCCCUUCCCCCUUGGUGAAAGACGUUUCUCUGGGACUGCGGACUUCUCGGCACGCUGUGUGUCCUCCACGUUUUAGCAGCUGUCAGCUGAUCCACCUGCUGCUCUUCAUCAGACAGAGGCUGAGCCACUGAUGCUCUGAUAGAAUGAAACAGGUGGAGGAGAAGGAAGAAGCGUCUGUCUACCAACGGGUCGUGUUGAAAAACGCCUCACCGUACCACUACCUGAAGGUCCGCCUUGUGCUGGAGGAUGAGUCAACCAGACUAAGUGCCGUUGAACUGAAGUACUUCAUCAUCACAGGCCUGAAGUCUCUGUAUGGAGAGGUGGGAGCAGCGUUAAACUUUGACGUCCUGAAGUACGAUGAGGACACCCUGACCGCUCUCCUCCGUGUUUACAGCAGAAGUUUGGUGAAGCUGUGGAGCUCCCUGACUCUUCUCGGCUCCUACCAGAACAAGGCCUGUGCCUUCAGAGUCCUGCAGGUGUCUCCGUUCCUCUUGGCACUGACGGGAAACAGUCGGGAUCUGCAGCUCGACUGAGGCCGGAGGAGCUUUCUUUUUUUCGCAAUG